AUGUAAUUAUCAUAUUAUUCUGGUUUAUUGAGUUGGUAUUAUACAUGAUUGAAUAUAUUAGGGCGAAGAAGAACAAUGGAAACAAUCAACUUGUUAUUGGUUAGAGAUCAAUCAGCCUAUUUAUCUUAAAGAUGUAUUUACAUGAUCGAUUAGUGUAAAAAUCAUAAUACAAAUUGAAUUAGAACCAAUCUAUUCAAUUUAAGGAUUAUAUUGAGUAAAUUUGUUAAAUUUAAGAAUGUCAUCAAAAAAACAAUUUAGAAGAAGUAACUCUCCAGUUUUAUUUUUUAGAAAUUGUUCUCAUAACUCACUUUGGUGGAUUAAGAUGAAAUAUUUGAUACUAUAUGUAUUAGAGGAGAUAUGCACAAUAUCAUUAUUUUGAUUAGAGACUGCUCAAAUGGUAAAGCUUUUACAGAACAAUUAAAGAUAAUUGAAGAUAAUAAGUAAUUGAAGGUUCAAGAUGCUAGUUGGUUUGAUUCUACACAACCCUAAACUUGUCUUAAUUGGAUUUUAAAUGAAUUUGAAAAAUAAGUAACCUUGUUGUAUUAUAAACAUAUCAACUUCAUUAAUCAUGAAUGUAUCUAAUAAUAUUGGAUUAACAAUGGAAAUAAUAUAAGAAAAAAGGUAUAAGAAGACAUUUCAAGUGUUAUUAAAAUAGAUUAAAACAUUAUUCUUAAAUAAUACUCUCAUUUUAUUAAAGAUCAUUCAAUUAAUAUUUAACACAUUCUUAAUAAAUUUAAUGAUAAUUAAAUUGAAUCUAUAUUCUAUUUGCCAUUGCAUAAUGCUUUGACUCUUUAAAGUUUUUGUGAAAAAAUAGUACUCAAAAUAAUUAGAGAAUCUUAUAAGCAAUCAAUAUUAUAGGAAUUAGAAUUAUUAACAAAGAAUGAUCAAAAUCUAUAGCUACAAUAGAUAUCAUAGUAAAGAUUAAAGAAGAAGAAAAAAUAAAAUAAAUAAAAAAAAUUGAUACAUUAAGUAGUUUAGGAAUAAUUUCCUAUUGUAGUUUAGAAAGAGUAAGAAAAUUAAGAUGCAACCACUGAUGAUAAUUUAGACACUGAAGAUUGGAUCAUCGUAACAAAAAAUAAAAAGUAAAAGUGUUCUAAUAACACUAAUGCAGCCAUAAAUUCGAAUAAGGAAUUACAUUAGGUUUUAGAAUAAUAAAAUCAAUAAUCUCAAAUAAUAUAGGAAAAUAAGAUAUCAAUGGAGAUUGAAGAUACAAAUAAAAAUGAUAAUUAACAAUAAUAAGAAUAAGAGUAAUAUUAAUAAGAAUAUUUGUAAUAAUAAUAACAACAAGAAUAAUAAUAAAAAUAACAACAAAAAUAAUAAUAAUAAUAAAAAUAAUAAUAAUAAUAACAAUAAUAAUAAGAAUAACAAUAAUAAUAAUAACAACAAUAAUAAUAACAAUAACAAUAAUAAUAAUAACAAUAACAAUAAUAAUAAUAACAAUAACAAUAAUAAUAUUAACAAUAAUAAUAAUAACAAUAAUAAUAACAAUAAUAAUGUGAAUAACAAAGUAUCAAUACUCCUGAAAAGAAGAAAUUAAUUAAAAAGAAUUUAGUUUUACCAAAAAAGUAAGAACAAAAUGAAGAGUCAAUGGAUGAAAAUCUUAUGAAUCAAGCUUUUUAAUAAAUGAUAAAAAAGUUAGAUCUUGAUAUUAAGGAAUUUAUUGAUUAAAUAAGACGGGAAAAUGAUUAACAGUUUCCAAUAAGAUAGUUAAUUUUCAAUAGAAUCCAAUAUAUAAUUUAGUUUUUAUUUAAGGAUGCUGGAAUAUACUUAUUUGGUUCAUGUGCUACAAGAUUGGCUUUACCAGAUAGUGAUAUUGAUAUAGGUAUCACUGGUUUGGAGACACAUUUAUUAAAUUAAAAAAUGGAUAUGAUAAUUGAAUUCUUGUCUAAAAUGAAUUGGGUGAAACGUAUAAAGUAUUAAAUAUAAUAAAACUAGACCAAUUUAUCCAACAUAAACAACAUUACCUCUUAUAAAAUUAUGGGUUGAUCCGAGUAUUCCAUUUAGAAAUGGGAAUAUGAAUUUGCCUCAUAUAGAUUUAUUGUGUUAAUCUUAAUUGAUUUAAGUGGAUAUAAGUUUUUUUGGACAUAUUUAACAUUUAGGAUUGAGAUCAACUGAACUCACUUGUUAUUGGGUGUAAGAAUAUUAAGAAUUAAAAGCAAUACUACUUUUAUUUAAAAGUUUAUUAAAGAAAAGAGGAUUAAAUGAUUAAUCAAAAGGUGGAAUAUCAUCAUUUUGUUUAGUACUAUUAGUUGUAGCCUUUUUGGAAUACUAUUAUUAAUAAAAUUCUGGAUUCCAUUCUAUUGGAUUGACAACAUAUAAAUUUUUAGAAUUUUAUGGAACAAAAUUCAAUCCUCAUUCUAUGGGAAUCUUUUAUAAAGGUUUUGAUUAGAAGUAUAUUAAAUAUAAAUAAAUAAUAGUCCAUUUUUUAAUUUAGAAAAAGAUGACUUUUAAUUGACAAUAGUGAGUCCAAUUACUUAUGAAAUAAUAAGUCAAAGUAGUUCAUUUGUUUAAACAAUACUUUAAGAUACAAAGGGAGUGUUUAAUGCUUGUGAGAAUGAGACAAGAUUUUUUUAUGAGAAAGCAAAGUAUAAUAAGAAGAAGAGAGGAAAGAAAGAAGAACGAAAUUUAUUUUAUAAAGAAUUUGCAAAGCUAACACCACUAUUUAGUACUUGA